AUGGGCGCUCCAAAAUGCGCAAUUUGCACUGAAAACUAUUCGGCGCACGAUGAAAGACGCAUUCCGCGGAUUCUACGUGAGUCGAACACAUUUCCUCACACCUUUUGAGAGUUUAGCCUGCUACCACACUCUCUGCCACUCGUGCGCCCAGCAAAUACUGUCAAAUACUUGUCUGAAAUGUCCAUUUUGCACCAAAAACGUUCAAAUUUACGACGUCAACCAGUUGGCGCGAAACUUUGCGCUCAUUCAAGUGAUUGAGGAGGCGAAUGUGAGAAGAAUGAAAUGGACAAUAUCAACAUUUCUACAGUAACCCCUUUCAGACCGUUCCAGAGGAUUCAACAUUGAGAGUUUUGACUGAAAAGGAAAAGGCAGACUUUUUCAGCUUUUUAAAUGACACGUCGAACGCGCACGCACGGAAACAGGCAACGCUGAAGGAGAGAAAUGCGGCUUUGAUGGAGUGGACUAUUAUCGAUUCACUUGUUUGGGUCACUUGAACGUGUUUCAGACAAUCCGCGUGUUGGAAGCGACAAUCUCGAGAAUUUGAAGAAAGACAUCAAAUUGUACGGUUUUACUCUCAAAAUUCUCUAAAAUUCCAACUAUAUUACAGAUCACCCGUUCGUUUGCGCAUCUUCGAAGCCAACUGAACGAGUUGGAAAAGUCAUUUAAGCGAAAACAUGUCAAUCUUUGUGCCGAUCAACUCAAAUAUUGUUUGGAAAAGUUCACGAGAAUGGAGGAUGAGAAAAAAGGAUUGGAAGGGUGCAAACAAGAACUUUUGCGAGUACUUAUUCCUGAAAAACCGGUAACCUACAGUGACCGGCUGAAAGUUGAAGAGAUUGCCCGAAAAAUCAAGGAAAUACGGUUGACAGAGCCCGGUUGGUGACUUUUUUCGGAAAAGUACAUGUCUAGUACUGUACUUUUGUAGUUGACCGUAUUCACGGCACUUGAAGUGUAACUCAACUUCCAAGAGUUACAGUACCCCAGGGAGUGGUCCUAGAAAAAAAUUGUCAACUGCAAAAAUGAAGGUGUUGUUUAGUACUAUAACUUUGCUGUUGACAACUUUUUUUCACAACCACUUCUAAGACUAUUGUAGCGCUUGGAAGUUGGGACUAGUUAAAGACACUUAAAAAGUGGGCCAACUUCCAAGAGCUACAGUAGACCAGAGAGGAAUCGUAGAGAAAUGUGAUCAACUACAAAAAUACCGUACUAGACAUGAACUUUUCACUCAAACAUUUUCAUAACGAUAGUGCUUCUCCUGCCGCUACAGUAGCCUUUUCAGUGACACUUCACGACUUUGGCUCAAUUGACAUUUCAAAGCAAUUGCCAAAGUUCACAAAUGAAACCAAUCUAGAGUUUGAGCGAAAUUUAAAGUUAUACGGUAUUUUCUUUUCGGAAAAACGUUCAAAUUUGCCAAAAAUUGUCCAGAAUUCGGUCAUCCAGCCAUCAACGACUUUCACGUCUGGCUUCUGUUCAAUUCGACCGGAAGACGAUGUACAGGCGGUGACGCUGCCAAGUAAUAUUGUUGUCUUUUCUCACAAAACGUUAGCGCUCCAGACUAGUCUAUGACUAUGGGAAUCGCAUUUUCCACUUGGAAACUCGGACCAGUGCUGACAAGUAUGAAACUUUCUCCACACUGAAUUGUAAGUGGACAAUAUGGCCUCCUAGAAGUGUUUUCUUUCAGAUUUGAUAAUAUUUGUAUGGGGUGAGAAGCUGAGCGAAUUCAAAGAGUUCUCCUAUAUUCUCAAAUAUGUAAGUUCAAGAGAAAUUGCAUUAAAUCAAGAAUUUAGGCCACUUCACGAGAUUUGCUAAUUGUGAGAGAUGCACCAUGUGGUCAGAACAAAGCCUUCGAGAUGGCCUUGAAGGAGUACAUUCUCAAGCGGAUAAACGGAACAACUGUGCUCAGAGACUUUAUUUAUGUUGAUCCUACAGAUUUUCGACCGCUUAUGGAUGUAUUGAUGCAAUUGUAUUGA